AUGCGUUCAACAUAUUCUGACACUAUUGCACGUGAACAACAAAUUCGUGAAUUAAAUCGUGAGACAAAAAUUGUAUCAUUAACACCAAGAGCUCGAACUAGACAAGACGAACCAAGAUUCUACGAAAUUAUUAUUAUAGCUAUCAUACAUAUUAUAUUUGCAGUUUUCAUUCUUGGACGUUUUAUAAUAAAUAAUGGACCACUUAUUCGACAAGUUUAUUAUGCUUUAAUAGAUGUAUCAAAUGAAAAAUUGACUGAAACACCAUCAUUUUUUGAAACAAUUCGAUAA